UUCUCCGUGCCAGCUAUGAGUGCCUGCAACUUCACACAUACCACCUUUGUGCUUAUUGGUAUCCCAGGACUAGAAGAAGCUCAUUUCUGGAUCGGCUUCCCCCUGCUUUCUAUGUAUGCCGUGGCAGUGUUUGGAAACUGCAUCGUGGUCUUCAUCGUAAGGAUGGAGCGCAGCCUGCACGUUCCCAUGUACCUCUUUCUCUGCAUGCUGGCAGCCAUCGACCUGGCCUUGUCCACAGCCACCAUGCCCAAGAUCCUAGCCCUCUUCUGGUUUGAUUCCCGGGAGAUUACCUUUGACGCCUGUAUGACCCAGAUGUUCUUUAUUCAUGCUCUCUCAGCCAUUGAGUCCACCAUCCUGCUGGCCAUGGCUUUUGACCGUUAUAUAGCCAUCUGCCACCCACUGCGCCAUGCCGCAGUGCUCAACAAUAGAGUGACAGCCCAGAUUGGCAUGGUGGCCGUGGCCCGUGGAUCCCUCUUUUUCAUCCCAUUGCCUCUGCUCAUCAAACGGCUAGCCUUCUGCCAAUCCAACGUGCUCUCACAUUCCUAUUGUGUGCACCAGGAUGUAAUGAAGUUGGCCUAUGCAGACACAUUGCCCAAUGUGGUCUAUGGUCUUACCGCCAUUCUGGUGGUCAUGGGUAUGGAUGCCCUGUUCAUCUCUUUGUCCUAUUUUCUGAUUCUACGAACAGUUCUGCAGCUGCCUUCCAAGUCAGAACGGGCCAAGGCCUUUGGAACCUGUGUGUCCCACAUUGGUGUGGUACUGGCCUUCUAUGUGCCUCUCAUUGGCCUCUCAGUGGUGCACCGCUUUGGAAACAGCCUUGAUCCCACUGUGCAUGUUCUCAUGGGUGAUGUCUAUCUACUUCUGCCUCCAGUGAUCAAUCCCAUUAUUUAUGGUGUCAAGACCAAACAGAUCAGAAAGCGGGUGCUAGCUGUGUUUAAGAUCAGCUGUGACAAGGACUUUGCGGCUGUGGGAGGCAGGUGACCCUUACCAUGGCAAUUUUAUCCUUAAUGGCUUGAUAUAAUGAUUUCCUAAUGUUAGCUUAAUCCCAGUUGCCCAUAAACACAUCAGUGCUUUUCUCUGGUUGGCUUCCAAACACUUGCUCUGCUUGGGGUGAAAUUGUUGAGGCUACCAUAAUUCUUUUCCACAGGUAAAAAUACUAUUGACAUCCUUAUUAUAUAAAAGGCUUAAAUAAUAAAAUAAAUCAAUAGUAAAAGAACAUAAAGAAGAGUGACAAAAAGUAGAAUUGGUUUUGAAACAAAGGAAAAAUUGUUCUGACUAAUAAUCCAAGAACCCUAUAGUAAAACAAUACGUAACAUUUUUGCCGAUUAAAUUACAGUUUUUAUUAAUGAAAAUUCACAAUGAAAGAGUUUGUGUUGAAACACAUAUCCUCGAGCAUCACAGCUGAUGGUGUAAUUGGCAAAAUAUAGCAAGCACUUUUAAAAAGUUACAUGCUUUAGGGAAUUCCCUGGCGGUCCAGUGGUUAAGACUCUGCGCUUCCACUGCAGGGGGCACAGGUUCAAUCCCUGGUCAGGGAACUAAAGAUCCCACAUGCCAUGUGGAGUGGUCAAUAAAUAAAUAAAUGUUACAGGCUUUAAUGCUGUAAUCUCAUUUUUGAAAAUUUAUUCUAACGAAAUAUCUCUACCUAUGUGGUAGGUACUGUUUUUGACCCCUGUUACCAGUGAAAGAAAUGAGGUUUACAUUAACAAGAAAGCUAAGUCACACAGCUUGUGGGUGCUGUGCCAUGAUCUGAAAUUUAAUUUCAUAACCAAAUACAGUUAUUUAAUAUCCAUGCUAUCUUGCUUCCUGUUUAACAUCUGCCAUUCAUUUCCUCAGCCUGUGUAAAUCCUGUUUUCUCUCUGCAGUGUGCCUUAUGAGGUGAAUGACUGUAUCUGUAUUGAGUGGUGACCCUGCCCUUGUUGUGAGCAACAAAUCUAGGUUACUCUUCAUGUUUUACAGUGACCCUUCAUGUUCUACAGCCUGCUUCUUUCCAGAUUAAGGGAGAAGAUAUCUUCUCAAUCAUGUCUCCCUUUUUUAAAGUGUAUUCUAUAUCUGUCAAACAUUUCCAAUGUCUGAGUUUCAACUUAGGUAUAAGAUAUUAUAAAUUUUAUUUAAAAUUUUUCUAAGUGUAACACCUAUUUCUUUCAUGUUUAUAGAAUCCCAUAAACUCAGAUUUGGAGAUGUGAGAAGUUCCCUGGUCUUCUUUCCCACCAGUGCAGAAAUCUGAAUGCAUCUUUUCUCAAGAUGGGCUAUUCCCAUUGUAUAGUUGAGAAGGUCUGAUGAGAAGCUAAAAUCUGAAGGCAAUCAUUGGGCCUAUGUGUUCCCUCAGUAGUUUCACCGAACAAGUCUUAGGUGGGGGAUUAGGGUGGAUAAACCAUGGGGGAGACUCCAACCUGUGGGCUCUUUCUUAGGAGGAAGGAACCUCGGACUCUUAACCUCUCUUCUGGAGAAGGGUCUUCCUAGCAUAUGUAUCUGUGAGCAUCCAGUUGUGAUUCCCUGCCCAGAGGCAGUAGAAUAGGCUUCAAAGUCUUGCAGCUAAUCAAUGCAAAAAGACCAGGGCUGAGAGAAAGAGACAAAAUGGAAGAACUGGAUGAUUUCCCUAAAGAAACGAAGGGGUGCUCAUGCUCUGCAAAAGUGGAGAUUCAGGUAUUAGGCCUCACCCCAAAUAAUGAGGUCAGGAGCCUCGUUUUAUGAGAUCGAACCACCUAUGUCUCUCCUCACAACUUCCAUCCUCUUUUAUUUUCCUGUGUAUUACUCUGCC